AUGGCAGAACAAAAAGCCGCCUUCAUCAAAGUCCCCACCGACCUCACCAACGGCUUCCAAACCAUGCCCGUCGAGCCCUCAAGACGGCUACCUGAAUCCGACAUACGUAUCGAACUCUGCACCGAACACGACGCAACCAAGAUUGCCGAGGGCCUCUAUCUGUGUUUUCCCGACGACUGGUGGGCAAAGAAAGAGCCACUGGAUCUCCGUCCCCAGGAAAACAGUAACCAGAUCCGUAUCCAGCGAAUGGCUGCACGCCUGACCCCAGCCAUCACGGACCCACAUCACAGCUUCAUCAAAGCCGUCUAUGUCGCCACGGGCGAAACGAUUGGCAUAGCAGGCUGGACACUUCCGUCGAAUCCGGGCGUGCACAACAUGUUCCGCCGCUCUGCUGUCGACCACUACGGGUGGCAAGAGAAGAUGGGCUGGAGCGAUGCUGAGCUCGAGGAGAUGUGGUCGCAUGUUAGCAAUGAGACUUGGAGCGUUCAGUUUGGCAAGGAUGACGAGACGAGGAGGGAGAUUACAGAGGGGAAGCCGCAUUGGUAUCUUGCGCCGUUGCUAACGUGGCCCGAGUGGCAGGGACGCGGGGUGGGGAAGAGGUUGAUGGAUUGGGCUAUCAGGCAGGCGGAUGCGGAGGAGGUUAGUACGCCGAUGUAUUUGGAGAGUAGGCCGAGUGCUAGGCCGGUUUAUAUGCAUUUGGGGUUUGUGCCGUGUGGGGAGUAUAACAUGCUCAGGAGGGGACCGGCGGUGGUGAGAGGGUUGGAGGCAGAGGAGGAGAGUAAGACUGCGGAUGUUAGGGUGGAUGUUGUGGCGAAGAAGACGGAGGCUGAUGUGGUGGGGUAG